AACAAUCAAAAAAGGCCAGUUUUCUCAGUGAGCCACAAGCAGUGCAACAAAGUGCAAAAUGUCCGACCCGAAUGACAAAGAAAACAGCUCAAAAGCGGUGGAAAAAAAUCCCAAAUCGGCCCCUGGGAUUCGCGCUGCCCUUUCCAACCUCGAAAACGUCCUCCCUCCAAACACCCUCAACGUCCGAACUACCCAAAAAUCCACCACCAAAUCGAGAACAAUUAAAACAACUUCAACCGAAACGAAAAUACGCUCAACUUCGGCGAGUGAAGUCGAAACCAAAGUGCAGUUCUCAAUCAAGAAAGAAAACAUCACCGAGCGACAAAAUGGGGAGUUUAACAUAGAUGAGGUUUUCGUCGAGGGAGAGUACCACUACCUCAAUUACGUCAAGCCUGAAGAAAAUAAACCAAAGACAAAAUCUGAAGAUUUGGCCAACAAAGUUGAGCAAAAUUUGCCGGUGGUGAGGGUUACAGCGCCGACUUGUGAGAGGAAAGUCGACUUGAAGAAACCAGCGAAGAAGGAGACUUUGAGGAGGCUCAGCAACAGACGCAAACAAACCAGUAAUUUGGAAGAAUUGUUUCGGAAUUGUUUGUACGAGACAGAAUAUUUCGAAGGCAACUUCCGGUAUAUGCUUCUACAAGAAGGUAACCACGUCUACCGCAAACUAAUUUUGAAAAAAUCAAUCGACGAGAACUACAGAAUGCUCGUCAUCAAUUGGCUGAUUUACACCCAACAAGUGUUGGAAUUGGCCGAAAACACAUUCUUCGUUGCUGUCAGAAUGUUUGAUUUUGUUCUAGCUUCGUCGAAAAUGACCGGAAAUAAGUACAUUUUAGUCGCGAUUACGUGUAUUUGGAUCGCUAAUAAAAUGUUCGAUGUGCGUUUAAUACAUAUCCCCAAACUGUUUGCUUUAUGCAACGGUAAGUUUUCCAAACAACAAUUCAUUUCAACUGAGAGGGAAAUCCUGAAAUUGCUCAAAUUCGAUGUGAACAUCCCUGAACCGACUUCGUUUCUGUUUUAUUUUCUCAAGUUGGAAAAUUUAGAGCUGGACUCGAAAAUUUGCUACAGCGCCUUGUUUCUGCUCGAAAUUCUCACUCUCCUAUUGGACUUUUCUUCUCUUCCGCCCUCGUUUCUCGCUGCUGUGGCUUUUUAUUUAAUUUUGGUGAAAUACGAGCUUGAUACUGAAUCCCUUUUGGAACGGGUGGACAAGUACUGUCUGGACAAAGACUUGUUUAAGAAGAAAUCGGAACAACUUGCACUUUGUGUUGAACAUUUGUUGCAGGAGAAAAAUGUGAGCAGUGAAAUUGUCGCCAAGUAUUCGACCGAAAUGAGGGGCCAAGUCGCUCGCAAUUUUUUACAUUAAUUUAAUGUUUGUUUUAAUUUUAGACCAUUAUUAUUGAUUGUGAUGUUUUACCCAAUGAAUUUUAAAUAAAAUGCUGGAUCAAUUGAAA